AUGAACUUCCCAGUGCCGUGGAGGGCUCUUUUACCGGCUGAUGCUGUGCCCACCUUCUCCGGCCAAGAUGGACUUCGGGAGAUUUGUGAUGCUACAGGUGCAGGUUGUGAGCUCUCAGGUGACGGGGACACGCCAGCGUCGCUGUCCGACAAGAUCCUCACCAUCAGUGGCAAUGUGGAGCAGAAGGAGGCGGCCUGCCGGAGGAUCGUCGACAAGCUGCGGGUGCUGCAGGAGGUGAUCGACCAGGAGCCGGGAGUCUUCGUCAUCAUCGUGCCCUCCAGUGCCGCCCCCGCCGUGAUCGGAAGCAAGGGUGCUCAGAUCAAGGAGGUCAUCGAGCUCAGCGGUGCAGAGGUCAGUGUGGCCAAGGAGAGCAUCAUAGGCAUGAAUGACCAACCAAUUGGGGUUACCGGCACGGGUGGUCAAGUGGUUUCUGCCGUCAGCAAGAUCAAUGCCAUCCUUCAGGACUUGGCCGAUCGAGGCAGGCUUCAGCCCACGGACUUCCGGUACCGCCCGGGAGCGCAGAGACCAGAGGACUCUGGCGGCGCCUCUUUCGGAGCCCCAGGCCGCGCGGCACAGCCGACGGGAGGCAAUCCUCGCACGAACGCCAAGUUCGUGGUGGCAACCCAGGUCGCCGGCUGGAUCAUUGGAAAGCAGGGCCGUCACAUCCGGGAGCUUCAGGAAAACAGUGGGGCUCACAUUCAAGUGCUCAAGGAGGGUGAGGUUCCGCCUGGCGUUCCGGUAACAGACCGCAUCGUCGAAAUUGGGGGCCGGUUCGAGUCCAAGGCGGAAGGCAUCCAAAUCAUUCUCAUAGCUGUUGACAACAUGCCGGCGCUGUCUGCUCCACGGGAGACGCUGAUGCUCAUCCCCAGACAGCUGACAACAGACUCCGAGAUCAAGGAUGUGCGCCAGAUGUCAGGCUGCGAGAUCGAGGUUCGCGACCUGCCUUCGCACGAUGAGGGAUUGUGCACGCUGCUCGGGAACAUCGAGUCUCGCGUGAAGGCCGCGCAGCAGUUCCUGAAACGCCUGGAAGAGGUCAUGGCCGAUGGCAGCGUGUCGCUGCCUGCCCCAUCCUAUGGAGCCAGGCCCUCUCCGGAGACCCUACCGGAGGCGUCACCUGAUGCACUCACCAUUAGCUGA